GAGAAGAGAGAAAAGCCGAGCAGGUAAGCAGCCGAGCCACGGGCAGACUGCGACGCGCGCUCCACGCGAGACCGUGCGUGUACCCUCGUCGGUCAGACCGGGGCCAGUCAGGGUCCUGCUGUUAGCCAGGACGCUCCGAGAGUAUCUUCCGGAAGACCAACCAACGGACAGCUGUCGGGCUACCUGUGUAACUCUUCUUUGCUCUACGGAUCAUCCGAUUCCGUCUACUUGCUCGUUUCAUCGAUCGCCUCUCACGAUUCGAAGAAAAUUAUUCUGUUAUCAACUGCGUACAACCGCAUACAACGUUGCUUUGUGAUAGAAAAAUCAUCUGGCUUGAAAGAGUGUUGAAAAUACGUUUCUUAGAGAAGUGUUACUCGUCUUGCAUCUGUAAUAAUCGAUUCCAAGCAUCGAACUGAACCGCCUUGGACGCGCGAACCGGGUACGAGACCGCGACCUUGGCGAACCACGUGGAGGAUCGCCAGCGAGCAGCCCAGUGAAUGGAAAAACUGUACGUGCGUCGGGACUGUCUGUGGGGUUGAUACCGAUUGUGUACGUCGUUUGUGCGUUCCUUGAUCUCUAGUGCCAAUAAAAAGAGACUACGAUUCGCUGCUCGCCUCCAUGAACAGUCGCAAGACUUAGGGGACUAAUCGAUCGACCAAUUGGACGCAAUGUGCGAAGCGGUGCCGCGUACUUGGUACAUGAAACCGGAACUUCACUACAGCGCCAUUGGAGUUCCGGCGGGCGCUCUGUCACCCCCGGCUACGCUUUCACCGCCUAGCAGCCCCAGCGUCACGCUGCCGCCUUCGCCGUGGAGUCCUGGCGCGGCUGCAAGUAGCUUGAACACCGCUGCGACAUCCUCCAAUCCUUCUUCGGCUUCCUCCACGAGCCUCGGCCAACCGACACCGGACCGUUUCAGCGCUUUCACCCUCGUCUCUACCUGCAAUCCCGACGCCAGACUUCAGAGUCUACCGCUGACCACCACAACCACGGCACGAGAGAUGCGUUGUGGUCUGAUGUAUGGUGGUUAUGGGUCGACCGGGGCUGCAUGGUGGGCUGCUCAACACCAGUUGAGUCUCUUGCUGCCCCAUUCCCUGUUGCCACCCUCGAGGAUUUCUAACCAGCAAACUACACCGGUUGCAAAUUGCUCACCUAUUCACCCGGAACCCCUGAACACGUCCAGAGCUGGCUCGCCACGAAGAUGCACCCCGGAGAAGGCGAAGUUCGAGGAGGAGGCGCCGCUAAAUUUAAGUACCAAACCUAACGACGUUUCGUCCACCAUGAACCGAAAGAGUGAAAUUUGGUCACCGGGAACAGUCUGCGAGAGGGAAGCGAAAGAAACCAGGAUACUAUCAUCCAGGAGUCCAUCCUCGACGCCUGUAAUCACUCGACAAAUCCAUCAUUCACCGUUGACACCACCCUCCUCUUCGGAAAGGACAUUCCAAUGUAAACAAUGUGGGAAAGCCUUCAAACGUUCGAGCACUCUCAGCACUCAUCUUUUAAUACACUCUGACACCAGACCGUAUCCCUGUCAAUAUUGCGGCAAGAGGUUUCAUCAGAAAUCAGACAUGAAGAAGCACACUUACAUUCAUACCGGUGAGAAGCCGCAUAAAUGCGUGGUGUGUGGCAAGGCGUUCUCCCAGAGCAGCAAUCUGAUCACGCACAUGCGCAAGCACACGGGCUACAAACCGUUCCAGUGUGGUCUCUGCGACAAGGCGUUCCAGAGGAAGGUGGAUCUGCGACGUCAUCGAGAAGGACAGCAUCCAGCCGCCCCGGCGCUCGAUUAUCGCUCGCUCCAACUACCCUCGCAGCCCGCCAACGUCAAACACUCUCCUCCUCUACAACCUGCCCCCGGUUAUCACAUGAUACCUGUCCCCGGUAAUAGUUGAGAUUCUUUCACGAUCUUGUCACGAACACCGUCUGCCUGUCAUUUCCUUCUUCUUGCUCUUUGUCCCCGCGUGAAUGCCGAAGAGGCACAGUUGAAGAGAGAGAAGUACUAUACAUAGCAAAAUGAGAGACAAGGAAGAGAUGGAUAUGCGGAUGCAAAUUGGAAGAUAAUGGAUGGAUAGGAUGAUACAAUAUGUGUGUAGGGUGUUGAGAGGUUUGUUGAAGAUAACAAGAUAAGAAAAAGAGCAUGUGUUAUUAGUAUCAAAUAGAUAUGAAAUCUAUUCUCGUUUCGGUAAUUGCGGUAGAUUUGAAGUUCAAGUAUUCUUUAGGGAUGUUGCUGUAGCUACAUUUGGUAAAGCUACACUUUGUUCAGAUCUUAACAAUCCUCGGAGAAAUUCCUUAAAGAAGAGAAAUUCCAAUCGAAAGAAAUAUUAUAACGUUCGAAAUCGACUCCAAAAAUGAACUACUCUUAAUUACAAUUGCUACGUGACGAAUGAAAGAAUCAUAUUUUAACAAAUUUCGUAACUUCCAGUACAACCAACGAUCGUACGUUGUACAGAAGAGAACUAUCGUUUUUCCAAACGACUCGAAUCACAUGUUUCCACGUCUUUGGAACGUUACAUUCUUUCUCAACACCCUCUGUUCACGCUCGUAUACAAAACACGGAAAUAUUACACGGAAAGAUCGGAAGAACAAACGAGGAAGAAUGCUUGUUUAUACGAUGCACGGUAGUUCGAUCGAGAUUCAAAGCGGACAAAAAUACGACCAUCGUGAUCGAAGAAUCACGCAUUCCACGAACAAUCGCUUAUACUUCGAACGCAACAAAUUUGCAUUUUCUAUCGUCAAAGGAAGAUUCGAACUGCGUAACGAACGUAUUAGAUAUAGGCAGACACCUGUUCCAAGUGGCUGGUCCUGUUAAUAACCGGUACUUGUAUACCUGCGAGCUGUUCAACAAUGAAAAAACGCCUUAGGGGAGGCACGCUUUUGCAUAUUUCUCGAGCUAAACUAGCGGUCCUCGGCGAGUGUUACGAGAUCGACCACUGUUUUGAGGUAGGGAACCUUCAGCCGUCCAUUAUUGCUGUACUUUCGGUAUGUAACGUACAUGUAUAUAUAUAAAUAUACAUCUUAUAUAGAUAUAUAUUGACAAAAAUUAUAUGUUAUAUAUACAUAUGUGUGUAUAAUUAUAUAUAUAUAUAAUUAUAUAUAUGUAUAUAUAUACACGCAUUGAAGCAAGCAGAUACGUGUGUAUACAUAUGUACACGUAUAUACUUGCGUGUAACGUACAAAGAUACGUAUUUAGGAAAAAUUAAAGAAAUUAUAGAAGACUAUGGAAUUCUUUAGUUUAAAAAAAAAAGAAAAAAGAGUAUUGAUUUUCGAUAUUACGUAUGAAAUUCAGCGGCGUAUUUCGCGAAAAAGAAAAGACGCUAUCGUGUGUUUGCAUGUGUGUACACAUAUAUCGGCGCGUAUAAAUCCGUAUAAUAUUAUAUCCGAGCCAGCGUUACCAAUUGCACGUGCAGGGUUUUCAAAUACUUAGUUGUAUGCUCAUUUACAUUUAGAAGCGAUUUUGCUAAUCACUUAAUCGCUCGAGUGGCAAUGUGUCGA